CGUCUGUGUGUCGUGCGCGUGCGUGUAACGCCGCUACCGUGCCAUGCGAACCGGGUGAGGGCACACAGCCACGAUGCUAGUGCCACCUGAAAUGAUGGCGGCUCAAUCCAAGCUAGUCUACCAGAUGAACAAGUACUACAAUGAGCGCGUCGCGAACCGUAAGGCGCAAAUCGCGAAAACGAUCCACGAAGUAUGCAGGAUCGUUCAGGACGUCCUCAAAGAAGUGGAGCUGCAGGAGCCGAGAUUUAUUUCCUCCUUGACCGACUACAACGGAAGAUUCGACGGAUUAGAAGUGGUGUCCCCGCACGAGUUCGAAAUCAUCAUCUAUCUGAAUCAGAUGGGAGUGUUAAAUUUUGUCGACGACGGAUCCCUCCCCGGCUGCGCCGUGCUGAAGCUGAGCGACGGCCGCAAGCGCUCCAUGUCCCUCUGGGUCGAGUUCAUCACCGCCUCCGGAUACCUGUCAGCUAGAAAAAUAAGAUCGCGCUUCCAGACUCUCGUGGCGCAAGCCUGCGACAAGUGCUCGUACCGGGACUGUGUGAAAAUGAUCGCCGAAACGACGGAAGUGAAGUUGAGGAUACGGGAGCGGUACAUAGUGCAGAUAACGCCGGCCUUCAAGUGCGCCGGCCUGUGGCCGAGGUCCGCCGCACACUGGCCUCUGCCGACGAUACCGUGGCCGCAUCCUAAUAUCGUCGCCGAAGUCAAAACGGAGGGCUUCGAUCUGCUGUCGAAGGAGUGUCUCACCCUGCAAGGUAAAAACUCGGCCAUGGAGGGUGACGCGUGGGUGUUGAGUUUCUUCGAAGCUGAGAAUAGAUUGCUCCAGGGCGGCUGCCGCAGAAAAUGUUUGAGCAUUCUGAAGACGAUCAGGGACCGCCACCUGGACCUGCCGGGCAACCCGGUGACGUGCUACCACAUGAAGACGCUGCUGCUGUACGAGUGCGAGAAGCACCCGCGGGAGCACGAGUGGGACGAAGGCGCCAUCGGCGACAGAAUAAACGGCAUCUUCCUGCAGUUGAUAUCGUCGCUUCAGUGCCGGAGAUGUCCGCACUACUUUCUUCCCCACGUCGACUUGUUCAAGGGGAAAUCGCCGACGGCCAUGGAGAACGCCGCCAAGCAGGUGUGGCGACUGACGAGGGAGAUGCUGACCAACUCGAGAGCGUUCGAGAAGCUGUGAACUUUAUGUUUUGUGAAGUGAGCCUGUGUUGUACCAAUAGGAAAUUAUUCGAGUCAUUUAAAUGCUUUAUCGGAGUAGGUAAGUGCGUUCGUUUGUCGUAGGAGCCGGUGUAUGUAAUAGUGGUGGUACUGAGAACGAUGAUGAGUCUCGUGGACGGAACAGACUGUAAGUAGAAGUGAUACUACUAUUAGAUUAUAAUUAAUCAUUAAACACUAUUUGUGAUAUAAUGUAAAUAGCUUAAUCUUUGUAUAAUUUAGUGAUAUUUAUUUUAAAGGAACAAUCUGAAACAUGUAUUUAUUUGACUGAAGAAAAAUUAAUAGUAGGUGUAAAACAUAUAAAAUUAUAAUAAAUAAUAUAGAAUUGUGGUUA